UCAAAGAAUAAUGAAAUUCUUAAUUUACUUGUAAUGUAUAAAUGAGCUUUUUUAAAGGAAAAGGAAAUUUUGUAAUCCGAAGAUUUAGGUUUUGGUUUUAUUUUAUAUCAAGCUUCACUGUAUAUGCUCCAAUAUGUAGCAAAUCUUUUGCGGCCCAAAAAUUAUUUCAUGCUAAGGUUCAGGGUCAUUUGUUAUCGCUAGAUGAUUGAGCAAUUCGCGGGACUAAGCAGCAAUCUAGCCACUUAUGAAUCCCAUAGAGUUUUAGAAGUAUCGGUAGCUUGAGAUUGGACUUGAUUUCUCGCCGACAACUGACCUUAACCGUUUUGGGAAUGAGAAAAAGAGCUUGGAACUGGAUUGGGAACUAAAUUGUAUUGACUGGAUAAUUGAUAACAUUUAAUGGGGCGAUGAACCGACCGAACGUACCAAAUGGGUGGCGUGCAUAAUUAGCCAACACAAGCAACUUGUUUCUGGAGGUGGAGACCAGUAAACAAACUGCCAUCGCCCGACCAGAAUUUCAGCGCACAGAGUUUUGUGUGUACAAUUAAACCAGUUACAAAAGCUGACCCGCUUAGUCCGCUGAGUGGCUUGCCGGAUUAGAAAGACAUGGGCCUGUUGCCCGCCGCGCAUGCGCAGUAUCCGUUUGGACUUUAAGUGGAGCAGUCGCCGCGAAAGUGAAAGGAUUACAGCAUGCAGUUUUGGAUUGCCUUUGGAGCCUGCUGUUGCUGGUGGCUGGCAGCAUCCACCCAGGCCUUGGAAAGUGUUUUUGGAGCAUAUAACCUAGAGCUCGAGUUCCCAUCGCCACAGGAAAGAGAGCGAGCACUGAGGGAGGGCCUUUAUGAUCCAGGCAGUGUUAUACCAAUCGAUGUGGAUGUCUACUAUAAGCAUGGCGAUGCCACACCCUCGAUAUUCGUGACCAUUCCGCGGUUUGCCAAAGGUGUUCCAUACUCCCUGGCCUAUGUCACAAACGAAAUGCGUCCGAACGGAACUCUACUACAAGCUUAUCCCAGCUACGAGUGGCACAAAUCCCACGGCGCUGAUUGCAAUGGCUUGACUUCAGUUUAUCGGACGCAGAUAGAUGAAUGCGGACGGAUGUGGAUCCUGGACAGUGGGGAGAUCGAUUUUAUCCAGCACUGUCCUCCCCAGCUGUACGCGAUUGACUUGGAGAGCGGAAAGGUUGUUCAUCAGUACAAGAUGCCGAAAAGAUUGUACAAGGAAGGCGUGAGUCGUUUUGUCACGCCUACCGUGGAGCUGGAUCCACAUAAUUGCGAUGUGGGAUUUGUGUACAUGGCCGACUCUAUUGGGGAUGGUAUUGUGGUGUACGAUGUAGCCGCCCAGCAGUCAUGGCGGAUUGAGAACAAGUUCACUUAUCCCCAUCCAGACUUUGGUACUUUUACCAUAGCUGGCGAAAGCUUCCAGUUAUGGGAUGGCACAGUAUCCACCACUCUUACGCCCCACGGAUUAGGUGGUCGCCGGAUGAUGUAUUUUCAUUCGCUGUCCAGCGACUGGCAGAUGGCCAUCCCAUUGGAUGUCAUCAACAACGGCAGCAAUUGGCGACUGAACGAUGUGAGCGCCGCUUUGGACCAGUUUCAAGUGCUGGGGAAGCGUGGAAGCCAGUGCGUAGGUACCGCCAUGAGUGAGUCUGGUUUCCUGAUCUGCGGCCUUGUCCAGCCAGCCAGUCUUUUGGCCUGGAACAUCCGAUCUUCCUACAGCCAUCAAAAUCUGGUAAUGCUAGUGGAGGAUGAGCAACGGCUACAGUUUUCUAGCGGCUUGAAGAUCGUGCGAAAUCAUGAGGGCAAAGAAGAGCUCUGGGUGCUGUCGAAUCGACUACAGAAAGCUUUUGGUGCGGGACUGGAUUUCAAGGAGAUCAACUUUCGCAUACAAAAGUGCGGUGUUCAGGAGCUGCUCGGCGGAAGGCCGUGCUACUAACAUUAAUAUUGCUCAAUAAAGCUUAUGAUGAAA